AUGAUGGAUCAAUUUUUGCAUGGACCAUUGGUGGGCGUACCACUAGGAUUAUGCAGUCAAGGAAUGUCAUUAGAGUUUGCAAUUGGAGUUGCACAAAUUUGUGAGGAAAUUCGACAACUUUAUGGAAUUGAAGAGAAUGUUCGAAUGCCCAACAAUGAGAAUUUACUGGAAUUUUUAUACGAUUUGAGUGCAUUUUUAUUCGAACUUGGUGAGUAUUUAUGUCAUAUGAUACGGUUUGCACGAAAUCAAUAAACAUUUUUUUACAGAAUGCCCUUACGAAGAAUUGUCAUGUGGUGAAAUUCUCACAAGAUUUCAAACUUCUGAAAAAUGCGAACAAUUAUUAAAAUUCCUUGUUGCUGAAUUGAAAGCUGCUCGACUUUUUGGUCUCAAAAAACUUAAAAAUCACACAUCGGUGCAAAAAGAUUUGGAGCUGACAGCAGAUAUUGAUGAAGCGAUGAAAGUUCUAAAAAUCCCGAAACAAUCUGGAUCAACCGAUGAAUGGCGAGUUUUAGAAGCUUUGACACAAAAGGUCGAUCAAAAAAUCAGUCAAUGUCAAAGGCAACCGCUAUUUUUGGCGUCUUUGGAUGAUAAAUCGUUAGCCGAAAUCGCAAAUCUGUGUCAAUCAUUCAGUCGAGAUUUCAAUAAUCGUCUUCUUUUGCUAACUCGCCGUCUCAAAGUAACAGUCGAAUCAUUUUUAUGGUGUGAUCGAGUUAGUAGUCGAAAAGAAGAAAUUCGAAAUAUUCUCACCGAAAGUUUGAAAAGUUUCGAAAAUGUCAAAUCAAAUUGCGAUAUUGCUCAUAUUCUGGCAGCGAGUACAAGUCUAACUUACAUUGCAAAAGCAUCAGAAAAACACACAAAAAGCAAAACUCAUCCGCUUUCACUUGGCGAAGCGCCAAAAGAUCGAGGAGGUCGGACAAAUGAAAUGAUGGGUGUAAAAAAUGAAACAUUUCGAAGUCAACAAAAUCAAGGGGCUGGAAAUCGUGGUGGACAACGUGGAGGUGGACGUGGGAAUAAUCGAGGAGGAAAUCGUGGAGGUGGAAGAAAUGCAAGUGGAAAUCCACACCAAAGUCAAGAACAGGCAGUUCUUCAACAAUACACCAAAAAUCACAAUAGGCAAUAA